UAUCCACGAAUUUUGUUGGAAAAAUCCUCAAAAAUGUUUGUUUAAAACUAAUUGAAAGUUACGUUACACAGUUUAACUGAUAUAUAGAUCCAAGGAAAAAAAAUGGAUAGUCUUGCUGGACAACAAUUGGUUAAAGCUGAUGGAACCUCUGUCAAUGCUGACGAAGCGCUGGCCGAUAAGGAGUUGGUGCUGUACUACUUCUCUGCCCACUGGUGUCCACCCUGCAGACAGUUUACCCCUAAGCUAAAGGACUUCUACGAGGAAGUAUCUGAUGAGGGAGUAGAGAUCGUCUUUGUUUCUUCCGACGAAAGUAAUGAGGACAUGUUGUCCUAUAUGAAGGAGUCCCAUGGGGACUGGUUGGCUAUCGAGCAUAACUCUAAUCUGACCAACUCACUUAAUGAGAAAUACGAAGUUGAUGGAAUACCAACACUUGUUGUCUGCAAGAAGGAUGGUACUGUGAUCACCAAGGAUGGGCGCGACCAUGUUAUGUCUAAGCAGCCUGCCCAGGCUGUCAAGGAUUGGAAAAAUUAAUGGCGGCAAAGCAUCACCGACGACUUCACCGUUUAAUUCAAAAUGGCAUUUUGCUAUUUUUACAUGUUUACUGUUUUGACGCACAACUCACAAGUUUGAUCUGUAAUGCUAUCCUAUGUAUAGCUUUUUAUUUUUGUGCUUAAAUAAAAUUGAUUGAUUUUACAUUAGAACUAGAUUAAUUUUCAUAGAAUAGAAAUAAAAUGUUUUUUAACCUU